AUGGCUCCGGCAGCAACUACAAACGGAAGAAGAAAUAGAGUUCCACCUUCCACACCAGAGGUUAUCGACCUCGGCUCGUUCCGCUCAUACGGCAAGCGAAAAAUCUCCGCUAUCAUCAACCUUUCGGAUGAAGUCAACGACGGCAUUAAGAUCCUCGAUUUCAUUCCUAAGCACAUUCCUUUAAGAAAACGUAAGAGAAAUUUCGAAAAAGGAGAGUGUUCAAAUUCAAGUAACAUUCCGUUCAUCUGCGAAAUCUGCACGGAAACUAAAACAAUGAAGGAAGCUUUCUACGUCAAGGGCUGCUCUCACGCGUAUUGCUCUGAUUGCGUUGCAAAUUACAUCAGUUCCAAGCUUGAAGAUAACAUUAUCAACAUCUCAUGUCCAGUUCCAGAAUGCAAAGCUUCUUUAGAAGCACAGUUUUGCCGGACUAUUCUUCCGGCUGAGGUUUUUGAAAAGUGGAGUAAAGCAUUGUGCGAGGCUUUGAUCAAUGCAUCGCAGAAAUUCUACUGCCCUUUUGCAGACUGUUCUUCUCUUUUGAUGUAUGACAAAACGGAAUCUGUUACAAAUUCAGAAUGCCCUAAUUGUAAUAGAAUGUUCUGUGCACAAUGUAAGGUUCCUUGGCACGAUGGAAUCGAAUGCAGCGAUUUCCAGAAGCUGAACGCGGGCGAGAGGGAGAAAGAAGAUAUUAUGUUGAUGCGCCUUGCACAAAAUAUGCACUGGAGGCGAUGCCCUAAUUGCAAAAUUUAUGUUGCCAGAACAAUGGGCUGCAACAUCAUGAGAUGCAGGUGUCAAUGUCAAUUUUGUUACAAUUGUGGAUGUGCCUACACUGAUAGAGGCUGCAAUUGUUGCAAACUCAAUAGGACUCCACAACAACAUCCACAGGUUUUUUCGGGAAGAAGGAAUCUCAUUUAUGAGGAGGAGGUCUAUGAUGAUGAUGAUGAUGAUGAUGAUGAGGAGGAGGUAUAUGAGGAGGAGGAGGUAUAUGAGGAGGAUGUUGAGGAGGAGGUCUAUGAGGAGGAGGUAUAUGACGAGGAGGAUGUUUAUGAGGAGGAGGAGGAGGAGGAGGAUGAGGUAUAUGAGGAGGAGGUAUAUGAGGAGGAGGAUGUUUAUGAGGAGGAGGAGGAGGUAUAUGAGGAAGAGCUGAAGGAAAAGCUUGACAAAGUCUGUUUAACCACAAGUGAGAAAAGUUUCUUCAUAGAUUCAAGAGGAUUCAUUUGA